AUGGCAGUGGAGCUAACAAAUCAAAAAGAUAAGCCAAUUUGGAGCCUGGAAGCAAAAGGAAACUUCACAAUAAGGUCUGCAUGGCAGUAUGUUAAACAGAUGGGAAUAAGCAUACAAGGAAGGAGUCUAAGAGAGAUAAUUUAUUCUUGGUGGAAUGCUCAAAGGGGUUGGUGUAAAUACAAUACGAAUGGAGCAUCAAAAGGGAAUCCAGGAAGUAGCUCAUGGGCAUUUUUCUUAAGCGAUGUAAAUGGAGAUCUAAUGUAUACAGAAGGAGCAAUUAUGGAAGACACAGACAACAUGGUAGCAGAAGCCGAAGCCAUAAUGCAAGCAGCCACUCAUUGUAGUCAGUCAGGACAAGACAAGAUUAUUAUUCAAACAGACUCACUAGCAAUGCAGAAAUUCUUAAGCCAUGAAUGGGAAACACCAUGGAAGAUAGCAGACACAGUAAACAGAAUAAAACUUUUAUUACAAAAUAAGCAAGUACAAAUAAGACAUAUAUUCAGGGAAGGCAACCAACUUGCAGAUUACUUAGCUAAUCUAACAUUUGAGCAGGAGAAGUUCAUAUUUACAACAUUCAACCAGUUACCAAGUUCAGGUAGAAAGAGACUUAACAGUAACAAACAACAAUGCCUAUAUCUGAGGCUAAAUUUAGCAAGAGGAUAA